UGUCUGACCUUUUGUCCUUUGCCACUGCCCAAGGGCUCCUCUCACAAGCCACACCAGCGGCCAUUGUUGCUGCUCUAUUUGCUAAUAUAAUAUUCCUACUACUAUUAAUAAUGGAUCAUCAAUAGCGAUCGGAAGAACCCUGCUCCGGUCACUCCCUCCUUCCCAACCUUGUUUGAUCCGAUCAUGGCCGCCGCCGUCGCCGCUCCAAUCACUCAGGUUCCAGCUGCUGUCUCUUUCAGCUCCGAUGGCCGUCGUCCUAAAUCAGUUUUUAAGGGCCACAAUGUGUCGUUUGAUGACAAAUCAUGGACUUCUCGCUUAUCUUUCAACUUCAAAAUGGGAAAGACACACUCAGUGAGUCGACCUGUAUUUUGCAUGUCUGUGCAACAAGCUAGCAAAGCUAAGGUUGGAAUUUCACCUUUAAGUUUAGAAGAUGCAAAGGAACCACCACUACAUGUGUACAAAAAUAAGGCACCGUAUACCGGAACUAUAGUGUCAGUUGAAAGGGUUGUGGGUCCAAAUGCUCCGGGAGAGACAUGUCACAUUGUGAUUGAUCAUGGAGGCAAUGUUCCCUACUGGGAAGGACAGAGUUAUGGAAUCAUUCCCCCUGGUGAAAAUCCUAAAAAGCCCGGCAACCCCCAUAAUGUUAGGCUGUAUUCAAUAGCAUCUACUAGGUAUGGUGACUUCUUUGAUGGCAAGACAGCAAGUUUCUGCGUUAGGCGCGCUGUAUAUUAUGAUCCUGAGACUGGAAAAGAAGACCCAUCCAAGAAAGGGGUGUGCAGCAAUUUUUUAUGCGAUUCGAAGCCAGGGGACAAGGUUCAGAUCACAGGUCCUUCUGGCAAGAUAAUGCUUCUACCCGAAGACGAUCCAAAUGCCACCCACAUUAUGAUUGCGACAGGCACCGGCAUAGCUCCUUACAGAGGCUAUCUCCGGCGCAUGUUCAUGGAGGAUGUACCCACAUACCGAUUCACCGGCCUAGCCUGGCUCUUCCUAGGCGUAGCUAACAGCGACAGUCUUCUCUACGAUGAUGAAUUCUCCAAGUAUCUCCAGGAUUACCCCGACAAUUUCAGGUAUGACAUCGCUCUUAGCAGAGAACAAAAGAACCAAAGAGGCGGCAAAAUGUACGUGCAGGACAAAAUCGAAGAGUACAGUGAUGAAGUGUUCAAACUUCUGGAUGGAGGAGCACACAUUUACUUCUGUGGGCUCAAGGGCAUGAUGCCCGGGAUACAAGAAACGUUGAAGAAGGUUGCCGAGCAGAGAGGGGAGAACUGGGACGAGAAGCUCUCGCAGCUUAAAAAGAACAAGCAGUGGCACGUCGAAGUCUAUUGAUCGUCGGAAUUGUCGCUGUCGGGAUUCAUUUCCUUAUUGGUAUGGAAUGUUUCAAUUUGUUGUUAACAGCAUGUUCUUGGGUAGAGCAGUGAUGAUCAAAUACUUGUUAUGUGUUUUGUUUCUACUGUUUUUGGAUGAUCCAUUUGCAUGCAGUAGGAAUUAAUUCAUCAUUUUCACAA